AAGAUUUUCACUGGAGGAGCCUGGGAAUUGGUUUCAACUUUCAAUGCAGAACACUCUGAAAUCUGACCCUUUUGCCCUCUGUGGCAUGCAGAGUGGAUGAGAUGGUGAGUCAUGAGGCAUCCACAAGCAAGACAUGGAUAGAAUUUACACAAGUCAAAAGAGUGAUUUUACAUUACAUGCAAAAAUGAGCGUGGAGCUGCCACAGUUGGAAAUCCUAGGAAUCCCGACCAUCCAAAAAUGGUCAGAAAUCAAAGAUUUUGGGUCGGAAAUGAACGUCCCGACCACUUUUGGCAUGCAGCUGCAACACAAGCUUCAUCUAGCUAUGGGGUCGAUCAAAGAUCACGCCUCCGUGGGAAUGGCGUUGAUAUACAACCGCCACGCCUUCCUCCGCGACAUAGAGGUGGCGGUGGUCCGUGCCACCAGCCACGGCGGGGCUGCCGCCGUGGAUGACAAGUACGUCCACCAGAUUCUUUUCUUAGUGUCUAAUGAUCCCAAGUGCGUGCUUUUCCUCGCCGAUCGGCUCACUUGUCGCCUCAGUAAAACCCGGGAGCUCCUGGUGGCGCUCAAGACUCUUGUUCUGGUCCACCGCCUCCUCCGCGCCGGCAACGGGUGGUUCGAGAAGCGCCUCCGCAGCGCCCACGGCUCCGGCCACCUCCAAAUCCAUCUCGGUACUACGCACCAUUUCCUCAACAACAACCCUAGCUGUCUCGUGAUCUCCGAUUUCCUGCAAAAGUACGCCGCAUACGUGGAGAAAAGAAUGGAAUGGGGCAUCAACCAGGCCGGAAAACUCGAGCCGGCGGUCUCCGCCGCCGCUCCGACGCCGCGAAUACUGGAUUAUCCCGACGCGGUUCUGCACAAGAUAACGAAAGGCCAAGAGCUUCUAGACAACAUCAUUCUUCUAGAUCAUUCCUCAGCGAUAUCCAUCGUCGCCGCCGAUGAUCAAAGCCGCCACGCUUUGCUCCUCGCAGCUCUGAGCAACACGCUGAGAGAAAGCUUCGAAGUUUACCGGACAGUAUGGGAAGGCAUAACGUUCAUCGUCAGCGAGUUUUUCGAACUGACAAACCGCGCCAGAGGCGCCGCCAUUGAAAUCCUCAGGAAAGCUUCCGAGCAAAACUCGCAGAUCUCGCGGUUUUACGGCGACUGCAAACGGAUCAUUGACGGAAAGAGCUUGGAUUACCCUUGCGUGCACGUUAUAACGAUGGACCAUAUCGCAGCGCUGGAACAGCUCCGCUUCGAUUCGGCCAAACUGAUGAGACAUGCGGCGGCGGCGGAUCGCAGGAAACAGAUGCACAACGCCAGUAGCGCCGGCGGUUUUGGUUCUCUGUCAUCUGCUCCGUUUUCUCUCACUAAAGAGACGAAAAUAAGCAAAGUGUGGGUGGUUUUUGACGACCAAGAAGAGCCUGAUGAACAUCAAUCUCCAUAGCAUAUAUAUAUAUGCAUGUAUAGUAUACAUGUAUACAUAUAUACUGCAAUUUUUUUUUUUCUUCUUAUGGUUUGAAUGUUUGAUCAGAUUGUGGACUUGUUCUUAUUGGUUUAUAGUUUGAUUGUAAUCUCUGAUUUUUAUUUUU